GAGAGAAACACAGAUAGAAAUGCAGACAGAACGCAGUGAGAAAUCGACACAGGAAAUCACUUCAGAUAAGAGAAGAACAAGACAGUAGAAACUGGAUACAACAGCGAGAGAAAGGAGAGGGCGGGACGGGGCAAGGGAAGAGUGUUACAGGGGGAGGAGGAGGAGGGGGGCCCGGGGUGGCAUGUGUGUCGGCUGAUGCUUCACCCUCUCGCUUUCUGAUGCGACGCAGCCUCAAGCUUGGAGACAGAGCUCAUCACAGUUUAUCAGCUCCGGACACAAACUUUAACUUGAUUCACUGAACUCCUCCUCGCCAUAAUGGACAGCACGGACGCUCAAACACACCCAUCACCAGACAAAAAGCAGCUUUGCUGAUUCAAGCUUCCUGUUGGUUCACAAGGUGGCUAGUCUGAACAGCUACCAGCAAACAGCUCUGGGCUUAAGAUGAACUUUGCCAACAACAGCUGUAAUAGCAGUGAAGACCUCCGGACGUACCAGCACCAUGUGUACGCUGUCGUGUACAGUGUGAUCUUAGCGCCGGGCCUGCUGGGUAAUGUGUUGGCUCUCUGGGUGUUCAAAGUUUACGUCAGAGAAACCAAGAAGGCUGUGGUGUUCAUGAUGAACCUUGCUGUCGCUGACCUGCUGCAGGUGCUCUCCCUGCCUCUGCGGAUCUACUAUUACCUGAACAACAGCUGGCCCUUUGGUCACCCUCUCUGCAUGAUCUGCUUCUAUCUGAAGUACGUCAACAUGUACGCCUCCAUCUACUUCCUGGCGUGCGUCAGCGUGCGUCGCUGUGAGCUCAUCAUGUGCCCGCUGAGGUACAACUCAUCCAGGCGGAAGGGAGACUUGUUAGUGUGUGCCGUCGGCUGGCUGUUAGUCUGCCUGUGCUGCCUGCCCUUCCCUCUGCUGAGGAACCCCGGCGGUGACCCCAACUCAAGUCUCAGCACCUCGGGUGGAGCUGACCUGGUGUGUUUUUCAGAGCUGCCCAUGAGGGCCAUCAGCGCCCCAGCCGCCUGGACCCUCCUGAUCCUGGCGGAGCUGCUGGGCUUCGUCAUCCCUCUCAUCCUGGUGUUGGCCUGCACCUGUCUGACCGCUGGGAGCCUCCGGGAGCCGACGGCGGGGGCCAUUCACGACCGAGGAGAGAAGCGGAGGGCGUUAAAGAUGGUGCUGAGCUGUGCUUUGGUCUUCCUGGUGUGCUUUGCUCCAUACCACGUGACCAUGCCCCUGGACUUUAUGGUCAAAUCCAAUACUCUGAGCAGCUGCAGCCUCCGUGACUUUAUCCGCAGAUGUCACCCCGUCACCCUCUGCCUGGCCAGCCUCAACUGCAGCCUGGACCCACUCAUGUACUAUUUCACAACCGAUGAGUUCUGGAGGCGAUUGAGCAAGCCAGAGAUACCAGAGAGCAUGACUUUCAGCAGGCGACUGUCCUGUAUAACUGGGCAAGAGGACACAGAGGAGGACUAGACUGCGGUCAGUCUGCUCUCUUAUGUUGAUCUCAACCACUAAACCCUGAGAUAAAGACUUUGCACUCCUUAAAACGGGGGACAUAUAAUUACAAUGCAAACCAGUUUGUGAAACAUGGGAGUGCUUUUCAAAAUGUUAUAUUUUUUUCUAUUUAUAUUUCAAUAAAAGGCAUGUCUGUU